CAGUGUCUGUCGGUCCGAGUCGGCGCGCACCUCGGCUCUCCCCUGCACUCCAAGCCGGCUGGCCGCUCCGCACCGCACCACGCCACGACACGCCACGCCGAGCAGCGGACGGCCGCAGCAGAUGACAGCCUGGCGGUCGAAGAGCCGCCGUGUCCAGGACGACGGACUCAACGCGCCGAAUUCUACCUGCCUAGAGCCCUCUCAGGCCCGCCAACAUUCAGAGUGCAGCAAGUCCGCGGAUGCGUCACUUUCUGAAAUAGCUCCACUGUCAGUCGUGCACGCGCCAUUGGAGGCCACAGCAAAACGUCCGCUGUGCACUGACAAAACUGAGUCAAUACGAAUCUGAAGCGGCUGUUGGCUGUAUGAGCAGAGAAUUUUACUCAUCACGCAAUCUGUCUGGUUAUACACGGAACCACGCAAACUGAUAAAAAAGAUGGGCGCGCCGACAGCGUGGUUUUCAACUGCGGCUCUGUGUUGACAGUAGCAUUCCACACUGCAAACCUUCAGAGGCCACAAGCGGACUCAUCUCGAAACUUGGACCAAGUAUGAGACCAGGAGCCCACUGAACCAGUCAAAAGAAAUAUUUUGUACGUGACUGUUUAGCGUCUUUUCUACAAGCAACCGAGAAGAGGAAGGAGUACCUUGACCAGAAGGACAGACGUCUAUUUUAGGAAGACUUUAGACAAUUCAUCGCUUAGCUCCUCGUUCAAAGCUGCUAUUUUUCGUGCUUUUAGAAUCUUCGAAACAGAAGAAAUCACACUUGGACAUAAGAAAAAUAUUUUUUCCCAACUUUCAGGACCAGAAGCUAUUUUGGAGCAGCAAAAUUCACUUGCUAAGGAUACUCAACAACUAUUUUUCAAAAUUUCUGAGAAAGAUUUUGGAGGUCUUGUAGAGAAGAUAUUUUAACGAAAUACUGACCUAACAGAAUGCAGUGCCGGAUGUGAAUUCUGAUACGAGCGGUGAUUUAUAUUACAGACAGAGGAGUCAUAAAUUAACGUAAUAUUUUUCUCCAGCUCUCUUGAUCACAAAGUAUAACACUAUUUUGGAGCCAAAAUAUUCUUUUUGAAGAAAAUCUGACAGUUAUUUGAAAUAUUAUGAUUCAGCUUUUUAUAAAUCUUCUAGAAAAGCUAUUUUCGUGAAAUACUAUCGGAGGAGAGUACAGUAUCAGAAAUUAAGAUCCCAAAUGUGAUGAUCCGUAGAGCAAGUUGAAUUUUUACCGCAAAAUUUCCGAAAAGCAUAAUUUAAUAGAAGUAUACAUUUUCUGCAGCGGUGAUACAUUUUGCUGAUUAACGACACCGUAAGUGGAAAGAUGUUCAACCUUCGUUCUAUGUCAAUUCAUGUUUCAUUGAUUCAGUAACGGAAGAUCUGAAACAUUGUAACCAAACUUCGCUGCCAAGAACGUCUACCUUUGCGAUUUACUAUUAAUUCAGUGACUGAAAGAUUGAUUUUGGUGGCGAACAUUAUUGAACGUCUAAUUUUUUUAAGACUUUAAGUGGAAGUACAUGAAAGGGCAACACGGACGUUAAUUUCGUGCCCUUACAGCGUUUUGCUACUCUUUCUAAGGAAUAUAGGCGUCCAUUACUAAUACUUUUUACACUUUAUAAAGGACCGACGGGUGUGCUGAUUUCCUUAUUCAACGCGGCGGAUAACAUAUAUAAUAGUGAGAGAUUUCUGUCAUUGCUAUACAAUCGGAGCAAGAGGUACCAACAAGAGCUUGAAUUCAAAAGCUCGAUUUGGAAUGGAAACGUCUCUGAAUACUUCCUUCGUAUGCAAACCUUCUUGUGAAAGGAGCAGCUUUUUUACUCCGUAUGGAAAUAGCCUUGUCUCGUUUAAGUAAAUUAUAGGUAAAUAAAGAGCCGAAGAUUGGAAGAAAAGUGAUUUUUAGUGGAUACCAUUUCCCAUUUCUAGAACAUUUUUACAUGGAUCCAUAAGAGUGGAUUACAAGAUACAAGAGAUUUUAUGCACGUAGAGUUUUCUGUUUUGCGUACAGAUUCCGUGUACAGAAUUAAUUACCAAACCCUGCAGAAUAAAAGUCUAUAAACCAAGAAAGUCGUCUUCUUAGUGCUCAUCACCACAGUGCAGACCUCGUCAGCGCUUCAGCUAGAACACUCCAGUUCAAUCGCCGUGGAGAGUGUGCUGCUGAUAUUCCGUCGUCGACGUUCUCCAGUUUCUCCAACCCAGCUGAACAACCGCAGCAGACGAAGCGACGCACUCUGCGAGUAGCAGCUAUUACCAGCGACCACCGGCGGCGGCUGAGAAGGCGGAGGCUCCAGCAAGUGUCUGUGUGACGUAGGCAGCAGCCGGCACUACAGAAUGUCAUUGUUCUUCUUCCGGCUGCACAACCUGCGGCGCGAGGAGGAGUCGAAGAAGCGCAAGAAGAAGUGCGCGAUGCGGCGCGGCAGGAGCAUGUGCGGAGGCAAUGGUGGCGGAGGCGGAGGUGGGGGCGGCGGAGGCGGCGGGGACGGAACGACGAUCGGCUGCGGCGGGCGCUACACCAACGCGCUGACGCUGGCGCCAAGCCGGCUGUUCGAGCGUACGCCGCUCACGCCGUCGGACAGCCUGGACGAGAUUGCGCUCCAGAUUCCCAGAGUCCGUGUGGAGUAUUACGUCAACGAGAACACGUUCAAGGAGCGCCUGCAGCUAUACUUCAUCAAGAAUCAACGGUCGAGCCUCCGCAUCAGGAUCGCAAACCUGGUGUUCAAGCUGCUCACGUGUAUGCUGUACAUCGUCAGGGUUAUCACCGACAACGACCCGACGCACGCAUCAUGUUACGGCUGUCCACCGGGCAACAACUCCGAGUACAUGCGGUCGAGCAACCUGACCGACGAGGAGUUCCAGGAGAACCCGGUCAUCAACUGGGACGCCAUCCUCUGGGUGAACCGAUCGCUGCUCAUGUGGAUCGUGCAGGUGAUCCUGGCCAUCAUCAGCCUUACCGAGGCCCUGCUUCUCGCCUACCUCGGCUACAAGGGAAAUAUCUGGCAGCAGCUGCUGUCCUUCCACUUCAUCCUCGAACUCGUCAACACGAUACCCUUCACGCUGACGCUCCUGUGGCCGCCACUGCGCAACCUGUUCAUCCCGGUAUUCCUCAACUGCUGGCUGGCCAAGCACUCCCUCGAGAAUAUGUUCAACGAUCUGCACCGUGCGAUGCAGAAGUCGCAGUCAGCGCUGUCGCAGCAGCUGAUGAUCCUGUCGGCGACGCUGCUAUGCCUCGUCUUUACCAGUGUGUGUGGGAUCCAGCACUUCCAGCGCGCCGGCCACCGACACCUCAACCUGUUCCAGUCGACCUACUACGUGGUCGUCACGUUCUCCACGGUCGGCUACGGAGACAUCGUACCCGACAUCUGGCCCUCGCAGCUCUACAUGGUCAUCAUGAUAUGUGUCGCUCUCAUAGUGCUGCCCACACAGUUCGAACAGCUGGCGUUCACGUGGAUGGAGCGCCAGAAGCUAGGCGGCUCCUACUCCUCGCACCGGGCGCAGUCGGAGAAGCACGUGGUCGUCUGCAGCACCACGCUGCACGCAGACACCAUCAUGGACUUCCUCAACGAGUUCUACGCCCACCCACUGCUGCAGGACUACUACGUGGUGCUGCUGUCGCCGAUGGAACUGGACACGACGAUGCGCAUGAUCCUGCAGGUGCCCAUCUGGGCGCAGCGCGUCAUCUACAUCCAGGGGUCGUGCCUCAAGGACAGCGACCUGGCCAGGGCGCGCAUGAACGAGGCCGAGGCGUGCUUCGUGCUCGCCGCCAGGAACUACGCCGACAAGACCGCCGCGGACGAGCACACGAUCCUGCGCUCAUGGGCCGUCAAGGACUUCGCGCCGAGCGUGCCGCAGUACGUGCAGAUCUUCCGGCCGGAGAACAAGCUGCACGUCAAGUUCGCCGAGCACGUGGUGUGUGAGGACGAGUUCAAGUACGCGCUGCUCGCCAACAACUGCACCUGCCCGGGCGCCUCGACGCUCGUCACUCUGCUGCUGCACACCUCCAGAGGACAGGAGGGCCAGACUUCCCAAGAAGAAUGGCAUCGACUGUAUGGAAAAUGCUCGGGAAACGAAAUAUAUCAUAUUGUGCUGGGAGACAGCAGAUUUUUUGGAGAAUACGAAGGGAAGAGCUUCACGUAUGCAAGCUUCCAUUCCCACAGAAAAUAUGGAGUAGCACUUGUUGGUGUGCGACCAGCAGAAUUACCUGAAUUUUAUGAGGAUACGAUACUACUUAAUCCUGGCCCGAGACAUAUAAUGAAGAAGAGUGACACAUGUUACUACAUGAGCAUUUCAAAGGAAGAGAACUCUGCCUUUAUUCUUGGGAACCAGCAGAAUCAGCUGUGUGCAGAAAGUGGAACUACAGCAACAGAUGACAAGGAUCACAGUAAGGAGACUGGUGAUGGGCAUAACACUAAAACUGAUGGUACCAAACUCCAACUCCAGAUUCCAAACUCCAUCCACGUCACUACAUCUUCUGAUAGCUGUGGAAAUUCAGAAUCAAAGCAAGGUCAGAAAGAGAAUAAUCCAUCCACCUUAACACCAGAUGUAGCAGUUACAGGAAAUCAUCUUGACGUACCUCGACCUGGAGACAAUCCAAAUCUUUUAAGUCCAGAGAUUCUGAACCAAAGGAGAGGUAGCCGCCGUCCAAGUAUAUUGCCAGUUCCUGACAUGUUCACUAGUUCCUCUCUCAACAUUGCUGUAGAACCACAGGAUGAUGCAGGUGAUGAAAGUGAUGAUGAGUUAGAUGACGAUGUCCCAUGGAGAUCGCCAAGUGAAAAAAUUGCUUCUGGGACUACAGAUGGCUGUAUGACUAAGUCUUCUUGGCUUGGAGAAACUUGUCGCAUUGUGAAAGGCUUUCCACCUGUGUCUCCUUACAUAGGAGUAAGUCCAACACUGUGCUACCUCCUGAAGGAAAAGAAGCCUCUUUGUUGUCUCCAGCUUGCUAAGGUCUGUGAACACUGCAGCUAUAGAAAUGCCAAAGAGUAUAACUGGCAAAAUAAGACAAUAAUAUUAGCUGCUGAUUAUGCAUCCAAUGGAAUUUACAAUUUUAUAAUUCCUCUUCGAGCUCACUUUCGUUCCAAAACUUCACUGAACCCCAUCAUUUUACUGCUGGAACGAAGACCAGAUAUUGCCUUCCUUGACUCAAUAUCUUAUUUUCCUCUAGUGUAUUGGAUGCUUGGUUCCAUCGAUUGCCUUGAUGAUCUUCUGCGUGCUGGAAUUACAUUAGCAGAGAAUGUUGUUGUUGUAAAUAAAGAGAUGUCAAAUUCAGCAGAAGAAGACACUCUUGCGGACUGCAAUACCAUUGUAGCAGUCCAAACAAUGUUCAAAUUUUUUCCUAGCAUCAAAAGUAUCACCGAGCUUUCCCAAUCUUCAAACAUGAGGUUCAUGCAGUUUCGGGCCCAUGAUAAAUAUGCCCUUCAUCUCUCCAAAAUGGAAAAGGUAUUGGCCUUUGGUUCCCAGCUCUACAGUCCAGAUGAUGGUCCUGAAGGGGGGCUUGUGCUGCGAGAGAAGGAACGAGGAUCACACAUCUCCUAUAUGUUUAGGCUUCCAUUUGCAGCUGGUAGUGUAUUCAGUGCUAGUAUGUUGGAUACACUCUUGUAUCAAGCGUUCGUUAAAGAUUAUGUUAUCACAUUUGUCAGACUUCUUCUUGGAAUUGAUCAAGCUCCAGGAUCUGGAUUUUUGACAUCUAUGAAAAUUACAAAAGAUGACAUGUGGAUCAGAACGUAUGGAAGACUGUAUCAGAAAUUAUGUUCAACAACGUGUGAGAUACCAAUUGGUAUCUAUCGUACACAGGAUACCUCACUUGCUGAUUCGUCCCACGUGAGUAAUAGCAGUUCAUCUCGACGAUGGCCAGGGUGUGUGCGUGUGCCUUCCAUGCCUGACGAGGAGAAUGACUCAGAUGGAGUUGGGGUUACAUACAGGCCAAAAUCUCAAAUUCGAAACUGUCUGGGUUGCGUACAAAACCAGACAUCUGUGUGCUCCAUAAAUUUAGUGGAUGAAGCUCGAGAUAACCACACACAAAUGAUUGAACGUGCUGAAAUUGCAAAUCUGGUUCGCUCCAGAAUGGAAAGCCUAAAUCUGCCCAGUAUAGAUUAUGAUGAUGUCAGUGAGAAAAGGAGUAACUUGUCUUAUGUAAUUAUCAACCCAAGCUGUGAUCUCAAACUUGAAGAAGGAGAUAUUAUAUACAUAGUACGACCCAGCCCUUUCUCAGCACAGAAGACAUUUGAACGUCACAACAGCCGCCGAAAGUCAAAUAUUAGUUUCUGCUCUCAACAACUGGUACAACAGAUGGCAAAUUCUGCAGCUGGUAGUCGACGCGGCUCCACUAUUGGAUUGUCUGGCUACACACCAACUCCAAGACCCCCUCCACUUGUAACAACAAAAGCAAACUCCCUUUCCCUUCCAGAUAGUCCUACAGUUGCUGGAUGUGCCGCAAGUCCCAGUCCUGCAGGAUGCUACAGAGCACGAUCCAACUCAUUACGUGUUGCUGACGAUAUACUCUUGCGUCGUUCAAACUCCCUGCGUCAGGGAUUGGCGCCCUCUGGUCCCACAAGACGAAAAAGCAGCCUAGAAGACCUAGGUUUUUCCUAUGCUUCCAACCAUAGCAACCCCAUUAAGAUAGCAUUGAAUGGAAGCAUUGGUCUAGAGGUGACACCACCAGAAGAAGGAAGCUCACAGAGUGAAAACAGCUGUAGUAACCUUCUCAGUACUGUAGCAACUGGUCUUUCUGUUGGUGGCAGCCCUGCAGGUGGUAGUGGGAGUGUUGGCAUCAGUGUCAGUUGUAACAGUGGCAUAUGUACCAAUACAGGUGCGAGAAGUAGUGGAGGAUGUUCAGGAACUGUAAAUAGUCAAGGACUGGGUAUUUGUGCACAGACUCCAAGUUCACUUGAUGUGUCAAGCCUUGUCAGUUGCAGUGUAGACAGUUGUCAGCCUCCUCCGUCUCCCGGCCCAUGUGCCAGCCCAACCCCUCUGGCUGAUCCCCAACACCUACAAGGUACACUUGUAUGAUAUCACCUUAUGUGGGGGAGGAGAUUAAGCAGUGUAGUCCGGAACAAGUGGCUGUAAACUGAUUGCUCCUCAGCCCCACAGUGAUAAAUUCUGAAUAAGAAAAGUAUAACAGCUGAAUCUACUUCAGUACCUUGAAAACUAUACUGAACUGUAAGAGUCUAUGUGCAAAAUGAGUGAAAUGGUACUGUUAGUACUUAGCUGUUGACAAAUAACAACUUUCUAGUACAACUUAGUACAUAAAAUUAAAUAGGUGCUACUUUGAGAUAUUUUUAAUUUACUGAUAAGUGAAGAAGAAAUGAGUCAUUUUAAAACAACAUAUGUUGUUUACAGAUAACUACAGAAAUUAGGGCAUGUUUUGCUUCCUUGAUAUCUGUCUACUUCCUCUUGUUGCACAUAUUGCCUCUUCACCAGACAGAGACUGUUGAUAUAAGCUAAGAAAAAUAUCAGAUGGGCUAAGUAGAAAAGGAAUGAUUCUUCACCAGCCCAUCAUUUCUAUUUUUCUCAAUUAUCAUUCUCUUGGCUGAUAUAUUCUCCGGUGUGGCACCGAAUGAGUUGGAAAUGGGAACAAAUAGUGUGUAGCUGUAAGUUAUCUUGAAGACUUUUUAGAAACUGAAAACUAUUUGGUGUGCUGCAUAGCAACAUCAUUGCCUUGUAAAUAUCAUCUAUUACAUACCAUAUGUAUAGUGUACAGUGAUACAAAUAAGAGUGUGCAUUUAAGUGAAAUAUAUAAGAAGUUUGUAUAUUUUGUUUACUCUGUAGCAGAAAUAAUUCUGAAGCUUAAGACUGAAGUUGUAACUAUUAAAAAUAUAAAUUUAUAAUGAAAUAUACUCUCAAAUAGCAUAUUAUUUAGAGAAAGAGCAACUGUUUUAUCAAAUAAUUCUUAGUUUUCUUAAAAUUACUUCUAAUGUGGGAAUCAAGCAAAUAUCUGUGCAUAGUGUUUCUAAUUGAAUUACCAACUGAGAAUCAUUUCAUUGCUGCACUUAUGUAUGCAGAUUGAUGAAGAUGUGUAGAAUAUGUUAAAUAUAACAUAUCAUAAGCAGAACAUUAUGUGAGAAAUAUGUAAGACCUUUUUUCUUUGCUGUUCAAAGUAACUCAACAGUUUGCAGAACUUAUACUACUCUCAAUAUCAUUAUCUGGCAUAUAUUGCAGAACAUUAACGCAGUCUCUUCACUCUGUUUUUAAUUAAAUUACUCUCCCUAAAGUGUUCUUGGCAGUUGGUAAUAUGUUAUUUCAAAUGAUCUCAGAUAACACUUUUUCCAACAAUGUUUCCUCCCCUCCCAGAAGUGACAGUAUGUAUUAAUUAACAACACACAUUGGAAUUGGCUAGGAGACAACAAAUUAUCAGCCCUAAAAUGAAAUUUUGUUUUCUUUAAAAAAUCAGCAGCAUCUAUGCAUGGUCUUCACAUUUGCAACUUUCUGUUUUGUUGCUAAUGAAAAUUUGUUCUUCGAUGCAAGAGUUCAAACUAUUGUUUGUAUUCUGUAAUUCAGAAUUAUGUAUCAAUCCACAUUUUCCUUGAUAAAAAGAAAAACUGGGUUAAUGUUGUAAAGCCAUUAAAACCAGUCAAGGAGUAAAUUAUUAUCAGAACAAUUUAAUUUAUCUAUUGAAGCUGUUCAGUUAAUUUCUUUAGCAUUAUUUAGGUAAAUGUAACCAAUUUAAAGAUAAUGACUAUUGAUACAAAACUCAGUCGAAGGUAUGUGCCCAUAGCAUGAUUGACAUUUAACUAAAGAAUCAGACUAUACUCUGCUGUCUGGAUUAGGUGCUCAAUGAGGUGCUUGAAAUUGUAUCCAUAAAAUACAUGUUAUGAAGUGGUGAAAUAAUUUAUGAUAUCCUUUUACUUCCAACGCCAUCUUUCAACAAGAACUAUAAUCAUAUUUGCUCUGACAGUGUGUGGUGGAGAGCACCACAAAUUAAUCCCCCCCCCCCCCACUAUCCUGUUCCACUCAUGAAUGGCGCUUGGGAAGAAUGAUUGUCGGUAACCUUUAUAUUAAUUAUAAUUUCUGAGAUUUUAAAUGUGUGAGUUGAUGCCUAAAAUUAUCAAGACACAAUAAACAAAAUGGGCAACCACUACUGUAAUUGAUUGGUGUGUGACACAUGUAACAUCAUAGAAAAUUUAACUGUUUUGAGGAACACCACUCUUGUCUCCAAUUUAAGUUUUGCACAUCCUUGAAUAAACUGCCCAGCCUUCUGGUACAAUCCAGUCAGGUAGUUGUCAGCCUCCUUCAACUCCUGGCCCAGGAGCCAACCCAGCCUCUCUGACUAAUUCCCAUCACCUUAUUUAUAUAGAUGGGGCCUUACUAACAUUUUAGUGACACAGUUCACUGUGACUACUGGUGUUUGCUCAAUAACUGCUGAAGUUAUAGCAGACUGUCAUAUCAAACAGAUUGAGGGAGGAAAUCAAGUUUUCAACUAUAGACGUUUCUAGUGAAUGUUCAGCUAGGCUAAAGGCAUAAGAUUGAAGAGACAGAAACUGCCAGUUUUUUUGAUAUUUGAAAGGAAAAAGUGUGAAUUUUGGUUGUACAGCAGCAACUAUUUCUUUCAAUGUUUCAGCCACAUGGUACUAAAUUAGUGCCAUUGUCAUUGCUUACCUUCCAGCAGAACAUUUGCCCAUCUCAGACUCAACAAACUACACUUCACUUCUCGUUUGAGUCAAAAUGGAAAAAUAUUGCCCAGGAAAGCAUAAAUGUUGCAUACUAUUUUGCUGAGUAAUUGUAAAUGUGAUGUAUCACACUAAGAGUCAUAUAAUUUUAACCAUCUUCUUGAAAAAAUGACUUAUGUAAUAAAUGUUCUGUUUCUUUGCAGGUACAUAUCUGCAGUCCUGGUAAACAUUGAUAUCUGCAUGCCUUGGUGUCAGAGUGCACCACUAGAGGAGCUAACAAAAUGGCACAGCCUAUUGAUGUAGAGGAGAUGGGCUGUGCCAUUUCAUUUUGGCUCAUCUAGCAGUGUAGUGUGGUACUAAGGUAUGAGGAUUUCAGUAUGUACCAGUAUGGGAGACAUAUACCUCAAACAUACAAAAAAUUAAUAUUUUUUCAAGGGGAUAACUGAAAUUAUAUGAUUACCCUCAUACAUCACACUCAUUAUACACAAUACAUUUUUCAAGUGAUACAGCAAUAGUUUGCUUCACAUAUACAGCAACAGCCUGACUUUUCUUCUGUGUGAUGCAAAGAGCCCACUCACUUUAGAUGAGCUUGAACUAUAAUUGUAGCUGAUGUUCAGCUAUUCCUAUCUGACUCAAUACAAAUCCUUGUCGGAGCUACAAAAUAAUAAAGCACAAUAUAUCAUAAUAUAAGUAUGCCUGUAGGUGAAAUGAUAAAACUGGAUUACAUUACAAAUGUAACAUUUAAUGCUUUGGUUUUUGUAUACUGAAGUAUCUCCAGUUUUUUAUUUUUAAUUGAUGUGAUUGGACAAUAUCUGCCAGGAAUUACAUUAUUUAUAAAAAGUGUGAUAAGUUCAUAAAUAUUUUACCAACUUGGCCAUUUUCAGUAUUGAUGGCAGAAUUAUCAAGCAAAGUCAUUCUUGGCACAAGUGAUCAAAUCUGUGAUGCUAGAUAUUACCAAAAUAAUGGUAUUACUUGAAAAUACUUAUUUGGUAAGUGCAGUUCCUCCAUUAGAGAAGCCAUUAAAUUGUGGUGACACUGUUGUGAUCAGCUCAAAGAUAACAGAAUACAAUUUUAUUGCUUAAAGAAUGUUGAAUCUCUCCACAGUGUGCAGCAUAUGGUAACUGAUGACAUGGUCCAUGUGUUAUUGCACAUGGCAUCCCAUUUGGUUAUUUAUUUAUGCAUUCAUCAUUAUUGUAACACACAUAUAUCCCACAUGGAACACAUGGUAUAAAAUAGAAGUCCUAAUGUCUUAUACUAAUUUACUCAUUUUCUUCUGGCCACUUAAUAUGACAAUAAGGGAAGUGCGCAAAUUGUUUACAUUACUAAUUGACUCUGUGUAUAUAUAUCACAUUACAAGAGAUUUCUGUAGAGCAGACAUUUCUGCUUCAAUCACCAAAUAAACUGAGUCCAUUUGGAGUAUAAUGCUAUCUGUUCUAGGGCUGAAUCCACAUUCUCCAUUCCAAUCAUCAAAAUCACAAACACAACAAACUUAUGCCAUGCAAUUCUACCCAGGUCCAAAACAAAAAUUACAAAUAGUAUUUGAGAAUCUCAAAUGAUGAGAUUUAAAAACCACUAAUGAUUAUUUGAAGAAUGAAAAUAAUAAAGGCUACUGAUACACAAACUUUUCUGUCCUUUGAGAAAUUUGCAAGACAAGGAUGAGUACCCAGAUUCUCCUAAAUUAAUAUGAGCACUCAGAGUACAUUGUAAACAUAAGUAAAUUCCACUAAAAUGUUGCUUCAAAACAUAAUUUCACUGAGUCAUAUUUAUGUAAAAGAAUAAUUACAGUCUCAGUUAUUAUUUAUGCACAUGUUUUAUACAGUUACAGAAGUUUUUGCAAAAUUGCAAUUAAUCUAGCAUAAAACAAAUAGUUAUUGAAUUACAGAAACUUUGUUUUCCACCAUUAGUAUUAUUGUGAUGUGUUGUCACUUUUGACUUAUUGUAGUGUUAUGUACAAUUCCUGUUGUACAUAUCAGGAGACAAAGUCUGUGUCCUGCUGAUCAUCAUAAAAUAUGAGGCAGAGGUCGUCCAACACUACAGACACUUUCAUAUUCGUAAGGUGCCACUGAUUACACAAUAAAAACAUAAUGCUCUGUGUUAAUAUGGUCACUAUCAGGCACUUUGUUGAGAAACUAAUGAGAUGGCUCUUUACUUUUCAUUUCAUAUUCAUGGUUGCAUAGAGAAGAAUGAAGUUUUAUACAUAGGUUUCCCAAAACUUUAUAGGCUUCAAAUUUACAUGAUUUUUUGAGAGCUUUCACAGUUUAUUAAGCAAAUUUAUACAAAAUUGUAUAAUAUCUUUGUACGUGACUUCAACUUCAUACAAUCCUUUCACACAAUUUUUUGGUUAAGUUGUUAUGCUGAUCUGACAAACACCUCUUUUUGAAAAUUAACAUUAUUACAUGUCUUGUCCAAUUGUUUAUUUACUUCCUUCAACUAACUUAUGCCACAUAUUGUUUCUCUAUUUAAAUACCAAACUCUUCUCCAUUUAUGUCUCUCAUUCACUUGCUUAAGUAAAGCAGGCAUCACACUUUGUUAAGUGUUGUGCUUACAACUGAAAAACAGUGUAUGUCAUUGUCUUUAUGCAAGAUAUUGCAGUCUACGUUUAUUUUCUACAUCAGGCCAUAUGUAAAGAAAGAUCUAAACAGUUUCCACCUCCUUGGUCCUAUCAUCUCCUCCCCUCUCUCAUCUCUCACCCUCUUUAUUUGCAGCCCUCUGCCAAUUCAUCCGCCUGCCUUUCCCUGCUCUUCUCCCUUUCUGCUCCUGUUUUCCCUGCACCCACAAGCUCCUGAUGCUGUGCCUGUUGGCAGUCUAGCCCCUACACACUCCACCAGACAGCAUUUAUCUCUCUGCCCAUCCAUACACUACUAUCCCUUCCCCUUCCCCACUCACUCCAGAGUGUUGCUUGCAUCCCAUAUGAUAGUUGCAUUCCGGCCUGAUAUGCUGGAGUUCGCAGUCGCGUGUGUGAGGUGUGCUUGCCUGUGUGUGUGAGUGUUGUGUGUGUCUCUUUUACUGAUGGAGGCUGUGACUGAAAGCUUUAUGUAAAUGUCUUUUUAAUUGUGCCUGCUUGCAACUUGAUGUGUCUUCUUUACGGUAAGUAGCAAUCUGUCUUUUCCUACAUUGUUCAUUGAAAGACAACUGUGGCAGAUAGGAAUAUGACACAAUAUAUGAUGUAUGAUGGUAUCAAAGAGCCAAUGGAUAAUGUUUACUCUCAUUAUGAAUUACAGCAGCCUCCAAGACAUAUUUUCUAGCAUAUUUCACAUAAAGGGAAGACUCAAAGACUCCUCUAUUCUUAAUUUAUUUACGAUCUACCAGGACUUCCCAUUACCUAUAUAGACUGAUGAGAGAUGUGUAAGAUAUUUUGUGUUGGAGGAGAAAAUAAUUUUUCAUUUUCAAUUGACAGUUUCUUUUGUUGUGCCACAUGAAUGUUAUUUCAGUUAUUAAAUAACUGUAUGAGGAAUGACCCUCACUUAAGGAACAGAUGUAGUAUUGAGCAGCCACCAGAUAAAAAUGUACUGGUAACCGGUUGCAGUUUAGUAUGAAUGUCCUCCUUCAGACUGUUCACCCCACAUAUUCUCGUAAUGUUGUAGCCAGAUUGAGGUGAGUAAUGAAUCACAUCAUACUUUUGGCAUUACAGUCCAGUUGAGCUGCAGUGCCAGGAAGAGAGGGAUGGUAUAUGUAUGUUGGCAUUCAACGAAGGAAUGUGGAAGUCCAACAGGCAAUCCGUGCUUUCUGCAUACCUUAAAGCUGUUCAAUGUGCCCUUUGGUCACUGAGCAGUGUCCUUUCCUCACAUUGGUAUUUAGAUUUUGCUCUGUAUUUCCUAGUAACAUACAAUAUGUAAGAUUCAGCCACAAUAACAGUAACUAUUCUGAUUAAAAUAUGUUUCUGUGGCGUGUAUAUGUAUAUAUCUGUUAGUGUGCUAUUCACAUUUUUUAUAUGUAUGAGAAUAGACUACUGGCAUCUGCUCAAAUUCUUUCUCAUGUUUGACAUGUUGGAAUCACCAAGAAACAGGAAAAUGUAUUAAAACUGGGAACACACUGUCAAAAUAUCUCAGCUUGAAAUAAAAUUUAAUCACUAAUGAUAAUAAUGGAGCAAAUCACUAACGAUAAUAUAGGAGCAAAACAAAAAAAUAGACUUAUCAUUGUCUAAAAUCAAGAGCAAAAUUCUUUAUUCUGAUGAAAAAGUCUUUAAUGUAAUGCCCAUUAUCAUAAUGUAAAAAAUAAAAAUUGUGUGAAUAUGGAUCUGGGGUUACAAAUUCAAACAGUAAUAAUUGCACUGUACAUAAGUGAGAAAUUUGUACUAGCAUAUAAACAUGAGGCUGAGUAGUGCAACUGGAAAAUCUGGAGUUUUUAAAUACCUGUUUUUUGUGUAAGUAGUUUACAUAUAGAUAAAGUAAAGCAAACAUAUAUGAUAACUAUUAUAAAAACCGACUACCACUACUAAUAAUACUGAUAGUUGCAACAGCUGUUUAUUCAAGUCAUGAUGCUCUAGUUAAGUUCUUGAAGAUGUUGGGAGGUGUGAUACCAGAUGUAUGAAUCAAGAAAAGAAACAGUAUUCACCAACAAUGGGACUGUCAGUUGCUCUAAUCUGAUUUGCAAGAAAAGUUUGAGUUCUAUACAGAUUUCAGAUGGGUGAAAUAGAAAAAUGACGAUUAAUCAUAAGUUUUGUAAAAAGAUAAAUAAUUUAUCACAGUGAAGGUUGACUUCAAUUCUGUGUAACAUACACAGCUCAAGUAUAAAUAUACUUAAGGAUAGCCAUAAAAUAAAAUUAUAGUGACUCAGUUGUGCAGAAAUAAAGAAUAACUUUUGGUUGAGGUACAUUCCUUAACCAUAUUUUCUGUUGAAAUAAUUUGAUAAAAAAUUUUUCGUCUGGUUACACAUCCACAAGCAUCACAGUGUAGUCAUCUGCUAGUUUUCAGUUGUAUAUCACAAUCACAGUAAUCAGCUGAAAUGUGGAGAGAAAUAACUAGAUGUGCAACAUCAUGUUUUCUUGGUACAAACAUUGAUUCAUUAGAUUUCAGCUGUCCUACAGUAAUAACUUCAGUUCUUCCAUUUAUUUUUUCGUGGAAUGUUUCCAGGUAACUUCACCUGGAUGAAAUGAAAGUAUUUCAUUGCUCUGUUCCAAACAUCGUAAAAUAUAUUCUUUGUUACUGUGGAACAGUCCAGCUAACAAUGCCAGACAUGCAUUUCUUUUCUUCAUGUAACUGUUGCGCACUCUGUGAAACUGACAGGAUUACUAGAGAAAAUUUUGGCAACUAAAAUUUCAUCUACAUCUACUUAGUUUGUUUCUUCUUUUUUCUC